AUGUCACAUGAGACUGUACCUAUUUAUGCUAUUUAAUACACACCUGUGUAUACCACAGAGCAGUGAUACAGUGGCCUCAGCACACAGGUGGAGUUUGUGGUGUCCCAUAUUGAUGAUGUCACUGAGGAUCUGAGAGGCCUCGAUGGUUCGGCCGUCUGCAAACAGCAGCUGGCAGAGUACACAAAGCAACUUACCUGAUAGGGGCGAUACAUGAAAUACAUAUCAUUUCAGCCCACUAAAAGCAUUUACUUACUUUGUGAAUUAAAAUAUUACUUUUUGAAUUAAAAUAUAUAUCAUCGGGUUGCUUAUUUAAAAACCUGAGACCCAUAGUGCCCCAACUCUCUGGACAAAUACCCUUUCUAACAGUGAUUCCCUCAUAUCUCUCAAGGCAGGUAGUGGUCAGAGUCUGGGCGCUCUCCAGAGCUGAUCUACAGUGUGUCUCUGCCUCUCUGUGCUGGUCCAUCUCCACAUAGAGCUCAGCCAAAGUCUGCCGCACUGUAAGCAGUAACAUCACACUCUCCCUGUCUCUGUCCUUCUCACCAGCCUGAAAUGACAGGAAAUUGGGAAGCAGUGCGAUCAUUUCAGCAGGCUGAAUGAAAGCCUUUCAUAAUGGAGUGAAAGUCUAUACAUUAAGAACAUAAAAUGGUAUUACUAGAGCAAUUACAGUGUUCAUGUAAAGCAUAGUGGCUAGUAUUUAAAGGGAAAAUCCACUCAAAAACAAUAUUUUGGUAUUUUUUAAAUUAGUCCACUGUUGAUACAGUCUCAAAUGUUUUGCAUGUCAGCAGUUACGUUUUCAAUAUAUUUUGCAUUAUCAUGAUGAUGUAGCCGGUAUCAACAGUGGACUAAUGAAAAUAAAAUACAAAAAUAUCCAUUUUGAGUGGUUUCCCUUUACGAGUGAGUGGUGGGUCUACUUCACCUGUGUGAGUGUGUUCUCAGCCUGCAGUAGGAGCUGUUCUGCUUCCCCCUUCCUGUUCAGACAGAGCAGCAACUCAGAGACCAACAACUGCUUCCCUUUCACACCUGGAUCCCACUGACAACCAUUUCCUACAGGUGGGGAACAAACAACAAAAACAGUCAUCAUCACUGGUCACAUAGGAUCAGUGAUGAUGACUGGUAACAGAUCACUUAGACAUCAUCAAUAAUAAAUUUGUUAUCAGUGAUGAAUAAUUACCGUUGCCGUCACUUUGGGACUCAGUCAUGAAGGCCCUGUUGCUGUGUACCUCUCUCUGCUCUGGAUUGAAUGGAGACAAUAGCUACAUUAUUUAUGGAUGGUAUAUCUACAAUUUUAUGACGUUAGAACUGAUCACCACUGAAUUCGUGUUGAAAUGUGUAGCCAUGACGAUUUUACCUGUAUGUGUAGCAGGAGGGAAUGCCCAUCGCCCUGAUUGGUUAAGAGUAGGAGGGUGGCAUCCCUUACCAAGCAGGCUCCGGUAUGAGGUGUAGGGGUCAUAACCUCUGAGGAUCAGGAGAGUCCAGUACCUGACAACAUCUAUUCUCAGCUGAGAAGACUGGCUCCAACUUGUAGACAGGUGCUCUACAGUCCUAGGGAUAGAGAGUAUGUAGAUACCUUUAUGUAAAUAAAUGAUGGAUAAACAUGUGAAUCUGUAAUCCAAUAAAAAGGCUCACACAGUUUUUAAGUGUUAAGUUAAAUAUAUGAUGACAGUUAAUCUGCAGCUAAACUAUUUUACCCAACAGUAACUGUGUGUACCCCUAGUGUCCUUAUGGGUGAGGUGUAUAUCCAUGCUCUUACUGUGGUCCUCUGUAGCUCAGCUGGUAGAGCACGGCGCUUGUAACGCCAGGGUAGUGGGUUCGAUCCCCGGGACCACCCAUACGUAAAAAUGUAUGCGCACAUGACUGUAAGUCGCUUUGGAUAAAAGCGUCUGCUAAAUGGCAUAUUAUUAUUUACUGUGGAUCUAUGAAGAAGGUGUGUAGCUCCCUCCAGGCCUCACUCUGCUCCAGGUGCCAGGGGAGCUCCUCCAGGAUCUGAGGCCAGCUACAGAUCUCCCUGCCCUGCCUCUGGAAGAACUGGGCCAGGCUGAGAUGGUAGCCCCGUCUGGUCUUCCUCAAGCCCCCUGGACCUUUACCGGGCCGGACCCCUACAGAGCAAAAAGCAUAAGACUUAGGAGAAGUGUAAAUGAUUGGUCAUAGUUGGACUCCUUAGUGCCAAAGAGUUCCACUUACAUGCAGAUACUCCACGUUCAUUGUUAGACAAAGAUGAUCAACCAAGUAAAAAGCACCACCAUGUUGGAAGGACCAACAAAUGAAGGCCAUUGUAGAAUGUCCAUUCUAUGCUUUCUAUUUCUAUGCUUGUAACUUCUGCUCCCGUCUGCCACUCACUCAGCAGGAGGAGGUCCAUGGCUUGGCCCAGUGAUUGGUGGGUGAGGCUCAGUGUUCCAUUGGGUCUCUCCUGUACCCAGGGCCCAGCAGCAGUGCGGAACCGGGCCCACUCCAGAGGUAGAACCCGUAUAGACCCAGGGUAACCAAGAACCUCCAGCAGAACCAGGACCUGCUCCUCAGUCAGCCCAGCAUGGGAGAGGUGAACCAGGCAUAGAGUGUCCCAUACCCAGCCUCUGAGAUCUGGAGAGAAGGAGGGAGUAAGGUUAGAUACAACAACUCAUCAUAGAGAGUGCCUAACUAAUAAUGUUAAUUCUUGACCUUUAUUGAGAAGACAUUACAGUGGCGAUUCUUGCUGUACGGCAAUUUUUCUAUCACAACUGAAUCAUUAGAGAGGGUAAAGAUGAUCCCACCUAUCUUGGACACCUGAGAGGUAGGUCCUCCUGUCCCUUUGGCUGGACUGGCCGUACACUCAUUGACCCCACCAUAGUCAUUGAUCCAGCGCUGAAUCACCCUGGCCCACAGCUCUGCCAUAGAAUCCACCUCUACAUACUCCUCUAUCAACUCCUCCUCCUCCUCCUUUCCCCUCAGGACACAGCACGUCUGCAGUUCGCUAGCCACCACCGCCAGGAACAGCGGCAGGCGACCCAUUCCCAGCUUGGUAGUGGUCCCCAAGAUGAAUUGCAGCAGGGUCCUGUGUGGCUCCAGGCAGGGCAGGGUAAGGUGUUGGAGUAGGACGCUGCGGCGGACCCAGGGGUCUGACAGGCCGGGCAAGGGGAGGGUGUGAACGUCUUUGCGGAGGGUCAGCCUCUGGUAGGUGAGGUCUGUGGAGGUCGCUGUGAUGAGGAGCUUACACUGGGGAGGCAAAAGGUCAGGGAGCCAGCGUAGGUCCUUCACCUGACAAUGAAUUAAUAAACGUUAUUAAUUCAUGUUCACUAUAUAAAAUAAUAUGCUUUGGUUUUCAUCUGGAUUUCUUUGAAUGCUAUCAAUGUAAAAUACACUGUACAAGAACCACCACUGGUAGUGGUCUGGGCAAAGUAAGGCAUUACCUCCUGCAUUGAGAGCCCGAGGGACCCGGUCAGUCUGUCCAGUCCAUCCAGAACCAGAACACAGGGUCCUAGAGCAGCCGCAGCAGAGAAGGCCUGAACCACAACAUGGAAUGACCUGGGCUUUACAUGAUGCUGCAACCCUUCACUCCACUCAGCCUGGGGACCUAGUACAGAGACACAAUAACAACCCUUCACUCCACUCAGCCUGGGGGCCUAGUAUAGAGACACAAUAACAACCCUUCACUCCACUCAGCCUGGGGGCCUAGUAUAGAGACACAAUAACAACCCUUCCCUCCACUCAGCCUGGGGUCCUAGUAUAGAGACACAAUAACAACCCUUCACUCCACUCAGCCUGGGGGCCUAGUAUAGAGACACAAUAACAACCCUUCCCUCCACUCAGCCUGGGGUCCUAGUAUAGAGACACAAUAACAACCCUUCACUCCACUCAGCCUGGGGUCCUAGUAUAGAGACACAAUAACAACCCUUCACUCCACUCAGCCUGGGGUCCUAGUAUAGAGACACAAUAACAACCCUUCACUCCACUCAGCCUGGGGACCUAGUACAGAGACACAAUAACAACCCUUCACUCCACUCAGCCUGGGGGCCUAGUAUAGAGACACAAUAACAACCCUUCACUCCACUCAGCCUGGGGUCCUAGUAUAGAGACACAAUAACAACCCUUCACUCCACUCAGCCUGGGGUCCUAGUAUAGAGACACAAUAACAACCCUUCACUCCACUCAGCCUGGGGUCCUAGUAUAGAGACACAAUAACAACCCUUCACUCCACUCAGCCUGGGGGCCUAGUAUAGAGACACAAUAACAACCCUUCCCUCCACUCAGCCUGGGGUCCUAGUAUAGAGACACAAUAACAACCCUUCACUCCACUCAGCCUGGGGGCCUAGUAUAGAGACACAAUAACAACCCUUCACUCCACUCAGCCUGGGGUCCUAGUAUAGAGACACAAUAACAAUGUGGAGCCUUAACAACGACAAAGGAAAAUACCACUCAAAGACGUAAUUGUUUCAUUAGCCCACUGUUGAUACAGUCCCAAAAUGUUUUGCAUGUCAGCAAUCAAGUUUUCAAGAUAUAGAACUUUCAAAAUAUAGAAAGUGUCAUAGUAUGAUGCGUGGACUAAUGAAACAAAUACCAAAAUAUAGUUUUUUUGUGGAAUUUUCAUUUAAAGUUUUCCUUCUGUGCUGCACUAAAAAUAAAUACUAAAAGCACUAUUAGCCUCUUUGUCUAUGGCUGUCUGUUUAUGCCAUGGCCAUGUGUGUCACUGAACAACAAUGCAUCUACAUGUAUGACAUGGUUGGUACAGUGGCUUGCGAAAGUAUUCACCCCCCUUUGCAUUUUUCCUAUUUUGUUGCCUUACAACCUGGAAUUAAAAUCAAUUUUUGGGGGGGUUGUAUCAUUUGAUUUACACAACAUCCCUACCACUUUGAAGAUGCAAAAUAUUUUUUAUUGUGAAACAAACAAGAAAUAAGACAAAAAAACAGAAAACUUGAGCGUGCAUAACUAUUCACCCCCACAAAGUCAAUACUUUGUAGAGCCACCUUUUGCAGCAAUUACAGCUGCAAGUCUCUUGGAGUAUGUCUCUAUAAGCUUGGCACAUCUAGCCACUGGGAUGUUUUGCCCAUUCUUCAAGGCAAAACUGCUCCAGCUCCUUCAAGUUGGAUGGGUUCCGCUGGUGUACAGCAAUCUUUAAGUCAUACCACAGAUUCUCAAUUGGAUUGAGGUCUGGGCUUUGACUAGGCCAUUCCAAGACAUUUAAAUGUUUCCCCUUAAACCACUCGAGUGUUGCUUUAGCAGUAUGCUUAGGGUCAUUGUCCUGCUGGAAGGUGAACCUCCGUCCCAGUCUCAAAUCUCUGGAAGACUGAAACAGGUUUCCCUCAAGAAUUUCCCUGUAUUUUGCGCCAUCCAUCAUCCCUUCAAUUCUGACCAGUUUCCCAGUCACUGCCGAUGAAAAACAUCCCCACAGCAUGAUGCUGCCACCAUCAUGCUUCACUGUGGGGAUGGUGUUCUCGGGGUGAUGAGAGGUGUUGGGUUUGCGCCAGACAUCGCGUUUUCCUUGAUGGCCAAAAAGCUCAAUUUUAGUCUCAUCUGACCAGAGUACCUUCUUCCAUAUGUUUGGGGAGUCUCCCACAUGGCUUUUAGCGAACACCAAAAGCUUAUUUUUUAAUUUAAGCAAUGGCUUUCUUCUGGCCACUCUUCCGUAAAGCCCAGCUCUGUGGAGUGUACGGCUUAAAGUGGUCCUAUGGACAGAUACUCCAAUCUCCGCUGUGGAGCUUUGCAGCUCCUUCAGGGUUAUCUUUGGUCUCUUUGUUGCCUCUCUGAUUAAUGCCCUCCUUGCCUGGUCCGUGAGUUUUGGUGGGCGGCCCUCUCUUGGCAGGUUUGUUGUGGUGCCAUAUUCUUUCCAUUUUUUAAUAAUGGAUUUAAUGGUGCUCCGUGGAAUGUUCAAAGCUUCUGAUAUUUUUUUAUAACCCAACCCUGAUCUGUACUUCUACACAACUUUGUCCCUGACCUGUUUGGAGAGCUCCUUGGUCUUCAUGGUGCCGCUUGCUUGGUGGUGCCCCUUGCUUAGUGGUGUUGCAGACUCUGGGGCCUUUCAGAACAGGUGUAUACAGUGAGGGAAAAAAGUAUUUGAUCCCCUGCUGAUUUUGUAUGUUUGCCCACUGACAAAGACAUGAUCAGUCUAUAAUUUUAAUGGUAGGUUUAUUUGAACAGUGAGAGACAGAAUAACAACAACAAAAUCCAGAAAAACGCAUGUCAAAAAUAUUAUAAAUUGAUUUGCAUUUAAUGAGGGAAAUAAGUGUUUGACCCCCUCUCAAUCCGAAAGAUUUCUGGCUCCCAGGUGUCUUUUAUACAGGUAACGAGCUGAGAUUAGGAGCACACUCUUAAAGGGAGUGCUCCUAAUCUCAGCUUGUUACCUGUAUAAAAGACACCUGUCCACAGAAGCAAUCAAUCAAUCAGAUUCCAAACUAUCCACCAUGGCCAAGACCAAAGAGCUCUCCAAGGAUGUCAGGGACAAGAUUGUAGACCUACACAAGGCUGGAAUGGGCUACAAGACCAUCACCAAGCAGCUUGGUGAGAAGGUGACAACAGUUGGUGUGAUUAUUCGCUAAUGGAAGAAACACAAAAGAACUGUCAAUCUCCCUCUGCCUGGGGCUCCAUGCAAGAUCUCACCUCGUCGAGUUGCAAUUAUCAUGAGAACGGUGAGGAAUCAGCCCAGAACUACACGGGAGGACCUUGUCAAUGAUCUCAAGGAAGCUGGGACCAUAGUCACCAAGAAAACAAUUGGUAACACACUGCGCCCGCAAGGUCCCCCUGCUCAAGAAAGCACAUAUACAGGACCGUCUGAAGUUUGCCAAUGAAAAUCUGAAUGAUUCAGAGGAGAACUGGGUGAAAGUGUUGUGGUCAGAUGAGACCAAAAUCGAGCUCUUUGGCAUCAACUCAACUCGCCGUGUUUGGAGGAGGAGGAAUGCUGCCUAUGACCCCAAGAACACCAUCCCCACCUUCAAACAUGGAGGUGGAAACAUUAUGCUUUGGGGGUGUUUUUCUGCUAAGGGGACAGGACAACUUCACCGCAUCAAAGGGACGAUGGACGGGGCCAUGUACCGUCAAAUCUUGGGUGAGAACCUCCUUCCCUCAGCCAGGGCAUUGAAAAUGGGUCGUGGAUGUGGUAUUCCAGCAUGACAAUGACCCAAAACACAUGGCCAAGGCAACAAAGGAGUGGCUCAAGAAGAAGCACAUUAAGGUCCUGGAGUGGCCUAGCCAGUCUCCAGACCUUAAUCCCAUAGAAAAUGUGUGGAGGGAGCUGAAGGUCCGAGUUGCCAAACGUCAGCCUCGAAACCUUAAUGACUUGGAGAAGAUCUGCAAAGAGGAGUGGGACAAAACCCCUCCUGAGAUGUGUGCAAACCUGGUGGCCAACUACAAGAAACGUCUGACCUCUGUGAUUGCCAACAAGGGUUUUGCCACCAAGUACUAAGUCAUGUUUUGCAGAGGGGUCAAAUACUUAUUUCCCUCAUUAAAAUGCAAAUCAAUUUAUAACAUUUUUGACAUGCGUUUUUCUGGAUUUUUUGGUUGUUAUUCUGUCUCUCACUGUUCAAAUAAACGUACCAUAAAAAUUAUAGACUGAUCAUGUCUUUGUCAGUGGGCAAAUGUACAAAAUCAGCAGGGGAUCAAAUACUUUUUUCCCUCACUGUAUAUACUGAGAUCAUGUGACAGAUCAUGUGACACUUAGAUUGGACACAGGUGGACUUUAUUUAACUAAUUAUGAGACUUCUGAAGGUAAUUGGUUUCACCAGAUCUUAUUUAGGGGCUUCAUAGCAAAGGGGGUGAAUACAUAUGCACGCACCACUUUUACUGAAACAAGUUAUUUUUUUCAUUUCACUUCACCAAUUUGGACUAUGUUGUGUAUGUCCAUUACAUGAAAUCCAAAUAAAAAUCAAUUUAUAUUACAGGUUGUAAUGCAACAAAAUAGGAAAAACACCAAGGGGGAUGAAUAGUUUUGCAAGGCACUGUAUAUCUUGUAGUUUAUUUUUUGCUGUUUUCUUGUAUUAUCAUGUUGAUUUGUGAAUUGUUUGUUCUCAGGGCACCAUUGAUAAUGAGACCCUGGUUUCAAUUAGGUUCCCCUGAAUAAAUAAAAAGUAUUUAAAAAAUAAACAAUACCACACUAGUUACUUAGACGAGUGAGAUGAGAGAGAACCAUCAGUCUGUCUCACCGGUCUAGACCAGAUGAGUGUUAUGACAAUGUUGACCUUGUUUCUUUCUUGAGAACAGUGAUUGGUUUCUCACAAAGUAAAUACAUAUAUUUUUUAAAGUCAGUAAUGAAGUACAUCUUAUCUAGCAGUAAAGGUUAUAGUCACAGGAAAGGUAAGUGAGUGUAAACACAUUUCUGAAUAAAUGUCAAAUUGGGAAUGUAAGUAUACAACAGUGCUAUAACGGGUUACAUUUGGAAGUGAUGGGUUAGAUGACAAAGAAGUGAAUAGGUUGAUGUUAUUGUAGUAGUUUCUAUCCCUCACAGACAUAGGCAAUAACACUCCAGAGUGUUUACCGUAAUGGGCCAGGCGUAGCUCAGUGGUGAUGUGUCUCAGUACAGAUCUGAUAUCCACACUGGAGCUGCUGAUUCCACAGAAGUGAGGGAUGGCUGGGAUUCUAGGGUUCUUCUUCCGGAACUCCUGAAGCCACCAGGUGGCCAGUGAGGACUUCCCACAACCGCUCUCACCACAGAGCAGGAAAAUAGACCCCUCUGAAUCACGUUUGUCAUGGUCACUGAGGGCAAAGGGAAAUAGGAAGGACAGUCAAAAUAUGUUGUUCAUUGAUUUCAAAUAAUAUCUGAACACUAUCAAUGCAUAACUCCAUCUGUAUCUACUUUUAAGUAUGGCAAAUCUCACAGUAAUUCAGCACUGAUUCAGUUUCCAGCUUAGCGUGGUCACCAAAGUUCUUACCCUGUUAACUUAAUGGUUGAAUUCCUUGAGGUUGCUAGACUAUGAGAUGUGUCAGAAUGAGUGAGCGAGGCAGUAAAUGUGUUAAGUGCCUCCAUGACAGCAGUGGUCUGGGUGGAGGGGGCAAACGAGCGACACAGAGCCUGGACAGCACCUUCAUGAUAACAUCUAUCUAGGGAGUCCAGGAGGCCUAAAGAGCAGGGGAGAAAGCACUGCUUUAGGACUUGGAAGAUAUGGCAGACCACUGAAAAACACAAUAAAUAUGAACCGGACUGAGCUACGUUAGUCAUCUUCACCGUCUUUUCAAAGCAGGUUGAACUAAAUUGAAUUAAACAAAGCAGAUGUAAACAGAACUAGGUCAACUAACAGAACUAACUGAGCUGCACAGGUUCACUUACCUGAACAGGUUGGCUGCUGGUCCAGGGUCCCAUAGAGCUGUUCCAUGAGAACCCUCCAGUCCCUCUUCACCAGGUCCCCCAGAUCCUGCAGCGUUCUGAAGAACCUUACAGGUUGCAGGCUGUCCACUAUCCUGUUCUUCAGCUCCCUGGCUCUGUGUCUCUCCUCUUCUGUCUGUUUGGAGAACACACUCAGCAAUGACCUUUGACCUUCAUUUGUGUACCUGUCUUCAUCCUCCUCUACUUCAGAGUAGUCUCUGAAGUAGAAGAAGCAGUGUCUGGUGUCACCCAUCAGGGCUGCCUGGGUGAUCUGCAGCUCUGUCAGGGAGCACUUCUGGUUCCUCCCUGUGAGGACCCAGGGGUAGCCUCCCUCCGCUGCAACAUGCAGGUUCCUCUCCACCCCAGAGAGAGCUUCUCGUUCUGGACCAGCAGCUGGGAGAGGUGGGGGGUCCUGCUCCGGCCUGGAGGGGCCGUAUCGGUGGCCCAGGAGGCAGAGGAAGGAGGAGGAGCGGGUGAUGAGGUCUAGACUGAUCUUCAACUGCUGGGAGGAGAGGAGGUUACUAUUGUCAGGGAGGUCAGAGGGACGAUGGCUCUCCCUGUCACCCCACUGGGUGUCCAAUGGUCUGAAGCAGGUGCCUCUGGCCUGCUCAGGUAGUGCCACUCUUCAGCGAGGUCUCCAGGUACGGAACACAGCACGGGCUGGAGAGGAGCAGUGACAGGAGGGGUGGUGGAGUACGACCCUCCCCGGCCUCCUCCCCCCUGUGGGUCCAUCUCAGGCCGUUGUAGCUGUGACCUGCUGUGCCUGUCUGAACAAAAUAAUGAAACACAGGCAUAUCAGGAAUUAUCAUCAACUAGAUAUCUAGCUACAGUAUUUGGCAAGUACAUGGUAUUCUUGGUGUAAGUAUGCACUGCAAAUCCAUGACAUGCAGGGAACAGUGCAUUUUCCCCACAUAAAACUGCUCAGUGACUGGAGAUCUACAGAACUAGAGGGGAACAUUUUGACUUCCCAACAUUUACUGUAACCUAGGCCUAUAGACUGAGCUGUGGUAGACGGCGCAUGAGGGGAAGUGCAUCACCAGACAGGAAGUAGAACAUGGACGUGGAACCUGGUCAGGCAGGUCUCACUUUCAUCACAGGAGACACUUAAAUGUUUUGUGAGAAGAGUAUUGGUAACAGAAGUGAAAACAAAUAGAGAACUCAAACAAAGGAGAUAAUGUUAUCUAGAUUUUUAUAUGUAGAUUUUCUGGUACCAAAUUAGGCUUGAGUGAUUAGAGGGUUACAUAAAGAUACAGAGAAGUACUUCAUUACGGCAGAAUACAAAACUAUCCAAAAAUUCCUAUAAAUUCAUAAAAGCUUCCUGUUCUACUGUAAAAAAAAAAAUACAUUAAGAUUAACUCACACCUAAUAAAGCUCAAUACAUGAAAACAUCUAGCUUGAUGUAGGCCUAACCUGUAACAUAAAUGAACACUUCGAGUGUGUGUCAGAUAUGUUACAUGUUCAGUUGACUGUUGACAGGACCCAUUUCAAGCUGCCUCGCGGUGUCUUCUGACUGGCCAGUCUUCUGGCAGAAGUUAUGGGAAGCGAAGACAUAGAAACGGAUUCAGGCAACUGUUGGCAUAGGUCAGAAAUACAACAAAAUACAACAUGGUGUUUGAAGUUUUCCUACUUGGCCAAAUGUCCUGACAUGUUUAGGAUGAUAACAACUUGGAAUGGCAUCGAACCGAUGAUGAAAGUCACAAUGAUGCUGGUCACAAGUCUGGUCAUCCUGGACUUUCGGAAGAAAGCUGAAUGUUUCACUCUCUUAUGGAGGCGGAUGUAGGAUGUUAGUAGGAGGGAUACAGGUAAUACUAAUCCAAAUAUCGCCAUCACCAAACCUCCCACCCCGGGGCUAUACUUUUGUUUAUUAUAAUAGUUGUUAACACAAUGGAGAUGCCCGUCCUCCCCCUCCACCAUGUUGACUGUCAGGAACGGUGAAGAUAUUACAACCACAACACCCCACAGUGUGGGGAAACAACCCACUGCCCCACGCCACCUGGCCCAGCACUAGGGUGCAGAACUUGGUAGUAGCGCUGGACACUCAUCAACAGGAUGAUCAGCAGGCUGGAGAAUGUACAGCAGUAGGCAACGAAGACAAAGAGCUUGCAGAGACUGUUGCCCAAGUCCCAGCUGAAGUAUUCCAUAGACCAAUAGGGGCACGCAUAUUAGCAGGCUCAGCAUAUCUGACACGCCAGGCUCAAGAACAGUUUCAUACUCACGUUGUAUCUGCGUUCACUGCUAUGUUAUGCCCAGAAGAUAGCAGAGAGCUAGGACCACUCCAGUGAUCAUGGUGCCAGUCAGGGGAAUCAGGGAUUCCAGAGGUGCAGUUGCAGUUGGAACUGUCAAUCAUUGUGAGACUGAAGAUGAGGGAGAAUUAGUUGAAUUUAAUGUAGACGAGCAGCUGAAUGUUGUUAGCAGGGGAGAGGUUGGUGGGUAGUGUCUGCAACUGAGACGCCGGCAUGGUUUCAAUGUGAGGAAGGCGAAAAACUCUGAUCACAUGAAAAAGAAAGGGGAGGGUCUAUUCCAGAAAGGGGAGGGUCUAUUCCACACCAAAUAUGUUGUGUUGAGGUCUACAACCUGUGACAAUCGCACAAACAAGUGAAUGCUGGCAUUUGAAAUAGAUUAGUAGAUAUUCCAAAUAGACUAAUUUCAUAAAUCAAAGCAGAGAUGCACACACACACAAAGUAUGCCACAACGUGUGAAUGGACAAUAGUUGACAAACAAAAUUCCAUAAAAGUUUUGAUACCUGUACUAGUAGUGGCCAAGAGUUUGUCCCAGAGAGGAUUGCCAGAUCACAAGGCUGUGUGCGUGAUCCCGAUUAAAAUGGAUCAAGUUACAAAUAAAACCUCAAUGGCUAUCUGUAGAGUUGGCAAACUAAAAGCAUAUUUGUAGGUAGUCUGAGGGGCUUGAUCGUUUUAGUACAGCUACAGCCUCGAUGCCAAUGCAUGCCUGGUACUUCGCUGAGAAGUUGUGCCUGAUAAGCCCUAGCAACAGUGGCAGUCAAGGUGAACGUAUGGGCUUCCAGAUGAGCCUAUCAUAAAUUGUUACACUGUAACGAUAUCAAAAACAAUGUUUCAACAGUGCUGACGAAUGUAUCUAUUUUAAAUGACGUGUUGCAAUGUAUCAGACAUGAUCUUAUCGCUUUAUAUGAUAACUAAAUCCUUGUUUAACGUGUAAUUCGGCCAAUGGAAACUAGCCACGCUUUGAACUUGUACAAUCUGACACGUAAUACUACGAUUGGAAGAUUGAAGCGACGAAAGCUUCUGCCAUUGGUUAUUGUUGUGCGUGGGGGGCAGCUAUAGGUCCACUUCAUCAAUACACCGCCUCCAAAGGGGGGAUCAGAUACAGUACUCUCCAACCCUGGACGCAUACAGUUUCAAGCAUUUUGCCGGGGUGUAGGAAUACAGUACAGUAUAGUGAUAUCUUUUUUCUAUUAAAAUGAAGCGAAUGUGGAUUGUAGUCCUCCUUUGGGCUCUUCUAGCUUUCAGUAAGUAUGAGUUAUAAAUUGCAUAAUAGAAUAGAAUUUCAACUUCUUUGCUGCAACUUGCCAUUUCAUUAUGUUUUCUUAUGAUUGCAGUAUAAGCAGCAGUAAAUGUGCUAAAAUGCCAUCUUUUGAUUGCAGUGCAUUGUUUUGUUGACCGAUGAGUGUGUCAAAUGGGUAACAUUGUAGAAGACAUAGGACUGACUUGCAAGCUUCUCGUACUUUCUCUUCAUCUGAAUCCUGUGGAGCCAGACUGUAACAUUGAUAUGCCUAAUGCUUCUCUUUUUUCAUUCAUCAUAUCUCGACGUUAUGGUUGUUUGCUUUAUGAGCACGUUAUUCAGAUUUUUACUGAACAUGUGUUCCAUAUUGACACUGCAAUGUCAUACGUAACACCUCUGCUUCCACAACCACAACCACACCGACCAAACAGAAGCAGGAUUCUAAACACCCUAAUCCCACACAGUUAUACUGUAUUUGUACCAGUUAUCAACGUCUAACUACCCAUACAAUAGUCUGUUUGCUUUGGACAGUACAAUCAGUUUGCUAUGGGGGUAUAGAGAUGGAAACAGCAAAGGUAUCAAAUCUUUAUCAGCAGUGAAGGAACUUUUUCCGGAGCUUAUCAGUUUAUUAGUACAGUAUUGGUCUGUUCUGAGAUGGAAAGGUGCCAUGCCCUCUAUGGAUUGAGUCAAGGAGAUGUAGUAUUGUGGCUGUUAUGCUUACAGAUAGAGUGGAAGACUGGCUACCAGAUGAACUUAGACCCUCAGUAGUGCAUUUAUGGCCCAGUGGUUGCUCUGUCACAUGACAUGGGUCAAUAUAAGUUAAUACAAAAUACUUGUAUUUUUAUUCGGUUGGGCUUAAGUUACUGGGUACAAGUUUUUAUUGUUUAAACCCUCAGAUCUAUAAUGUUUAAUUUAAUUUUAUCUACAGGUUCUGUCAGAGCGGAGGAUGAGGUUGACAUUGAUGGGACAGUGGAGGAGGACUUGGGCAAAAGUAGAGAUGGCUCCCGGACAGAUGACGAGGUAGUCCAGAGGUAAGUGUGUUUAACUAUUUCAGCGAAGAAGAGUGUUCUGUCAUGCAGUAAGUCCUGAGACCAACUGGUGACAAGAGCGCCCCAUUAUCGACUUCACUACUUCCUCCCUCUUUUCCAAAACACAAGCCUUUAUACUGACCUUACAUGAACCAUGGAAAGCACUUUUACCUCCUCUCCUUUCGGCUUGCUAUUUUCAGUCAAAGAUAAAACCCAAGUACCAUCCUCUUAUUUGCACAAAGGCUGAAUUGAGAUUUGUUUAUAUACUAUUUUAUCUUUGGCUUGACACCCGUUCCUAUUAAUCUUGUAGAAGUACACCUGAUCAUUUUUCAAAGCAUUAGAGAGCAACAACAUUAUAAGGGUUUUCCCUAUUGCCAGUCACACAGAUAAGGCCUCUAAAUAUUCCCUUUGGGGAAAUCUUGAGUCUAUGUACCUUGUUUGUGCUGAUCUCUGAUUACACUUCUGUUUUUCCAGGGAAGAGGAGGCUAUCCAGCUUGAUGGCCUGAACGCAGCACAGAUAAAGGAAAUCCGGGAGAAAUCAGAAAAGCAUGUUUUCAAGGCUGAGGUGAACAGGAUGAUGAAGCUCAUCAUCAACUCCCUGUACAAGAACAAAGAGGUUAGUGUCUGCUCUGGUGAUCUGUGUAGAUAAUGGAGCUUUGAACGUUGACACUUACAGAAAUAAUAGGGCAAUACAAUAAAUGUUUUUUUUACGCUCAUUUGUUUAAUUGGUUUAAUUAGAAAUUAGUUCACAACAAGAGUCCAUCUGGCUAUCUAUCAUUACAUAAACCUGAUAGAGGUUCAGUGAGGUAACUUAAGGUAAUUGAAUAAGGGUUGAAACAGUUAAGAAUGUCAUUUAGGGGCGGGGCUUCGCCCUGCCGGCUUCUCGGGGUAGGUGGGGGCGAGCGCACCCACUGACUAGAGCACCCACUGAUGGGGCCGGCCAUUCGUAUUGUCUUUGUAUUGUAGUUGUUUUAAUACAAAUACAAAUCUAUACUAAAAUCUAUACAAUUUUGCAUUUGGUGAUGUUUCUUUUUGUCUGUUUUCAGAUCUUCCUGAGGGAACUGAUCUCCAACGCUUCCGAUGCCCUGGAUAAGAUCCGGUUGCUGUCUCUGACCAAUGAUGAGGCACUCACUGGUAACGAGGAGCUGACAGUGAAAAUCAAGGUAUGUUAAGUUACCUCAGCGUUAGCCUUCUGUGUGACCCACCCUUUCAGUCCUCCGACUGUAGGCUAAUUAGCAACCCUUCACUGAACUCUCUGGAGUGAAACCUGAGACCGAGAGAGUCGUUAGGGUCUCUAACACCUCUAAAUUUACAUCUCAGUUUUUGCAUUGCAAAAAUGACAUUAAGACUUUCAACACCUGCGGCAGGACAUUGUGCGCUUUCCCUUUAUGAGUACAUGCAAAUGAAUAAUACAUACUGUACACACACUCUAGGUUUGCUUUUCUUUUAUUCUAAAUGUGCAUAGAUUAAUAGUAAUAAAACAGUAGAAUGUUUAAAACUAAGUCUAUGUCAUGUACAAUGCAAAGUCAUGUACAAUGCAAGUGAUCCAAAACCCAACAUAACAUUUCACUGUUUGUUUCUCCUCACCUAAAGUCUGACAAGGAGAAGAACAUGCUCCACAUCACUGACACGGGCAUCGGCAUGACCAAAGAAGACCUGGUCAGGAACCUGGGCACCAUCGCCAAGUCAGGCACCAGCGAGUUCCUCAACAAGAUGACAGAGCUGCAGACGGAGGGCCAGUCAACCUCUGAGCUGAUUGGUCAGUUCGGCGUGGGCUUCUACUCUGCGUUCCUGGUGGCGGACAAGGUGAUCGUGACCACAAAGCACAACAACGGCACGCAGCACAUCUGGGAGUCCGACUCCAACGAGUUCUCCGUCAUCGAGGACCCCCGCGGGGACACCCUCGGCAGGGGCACCACCAUCACGUAAGUCAACAAGGCAACUGUCACUAAGUAGCAACCAUUCAGUCAGGCUAGCAUUAGGAUUAGUGUAGGUGGAUGAUUUGUACUUACUAUGGCAAUUUUGGGCUGGAUAUGGACAGAUCUGUUAAUACGUAGUCUAUGAAGUUGAAGACGGAUAGUUGUUGUUUAGCAACGCAAACCCUCAUAACAAUAAUACAUGUGUUACGAUGUAGUUAUUGCCUCAUUUGUUCUGACCUUUUUGUCUUUACUGGCUGUGGAAAAUUCAGUCAAAAGACUUUGUCUAAAUUAGGCACAAAUGUCAAACCAAAGCUGAACUAAUAAACUCUCCAAAUUGGAUUUCACUGUAAUUAAAUUUUGUUUCAGCACUGUGCUGUUUUAAAGGCCAAGAAGUCCGUAGUCGCGCUCAGCUGGUGCAGACAGAGGAAUCUAGUUAUUGAAAGGUUGAAAGGUUCACAACUGUAAUGACUAACGUUAAGCUCUGACUGGCUCUUCGCUGCAAUGCAUUCUUUUUCUCCCCUAGUUUGGUGAUGAAGGAGGAGGCAACAGACUACUUAGAGCUGGAGACCAUCAAGAACCUCGUGAGGAAAUACUCCCAGUUCAUCAACUUCCCCAUCUAUGUAUGGAGUAGCAAGACUGAAACUGUAGAGGAGCCUAUUGAUGAGGAUGAUGCAGAAGCAGAGAAGAAGGAUGAAGACACCACUGAGGAUGAGGUGGAGGUGGAGGAAGAGGAGGAGGACAAGGACAAGCCAAAGACGAAGAAGGUAAAACAUAGUCCUUGAAACAAACUACUGUCUGUAGCAGCAACAGAUUCCAUAGAAGCGACGCUCAAUGGAAGUGGAUCUUUCCGUUUUAAUGACUGUCCUUUUUCUCCUUUUCCCCCUCAGGUGGAGAAGACCAGUGUGGGACUGGGAGCUGAUGAACGACAUCAAGCCCAUCUGGCAGAGGCCUGCCAAGGAGGUGGAGGAGGACGAGUACAAGGCCUUCUACAAGACCUUCUCCAGGGUGGGUGUCUGUCUACAGUUUAUUCAGACUCACUCUCCUAGCAGACACUCUAAUCCAUUUAGUGGUUACACAGAAGUCAAUUUUCCCAUUUAGAUUUAGCAGACCUCUCAAUGGGUGAUCUUAGGUCAGAUAUGACUCAUCUCUGACUGUACAUGACCUGAAGUUGUCUUGUCAGGCAAAGCUUCAGUUGCCAGGCGUUCUGGUUUAAUGACAGAUAGAGGUUGUCUUCGUAAAUAACCGCUGACUCUCUGUUGUGUUCUUGCAGGACACAGACGAGCCCAUCUCCCACAUCCACUUCACAGCAGAGGGGGAGGUCACCUUCAAGUCCAUCCUCUUUGUACCUGCCGCAGCUCCCCGGGGACUAUUCGACGAGUAUGGUUCUAAGAAGAACGACUUCAUUAAGGUACCACAGCAAUGAUUGGUUACAAAGCAACUAUUGAUUGGCACACAAGCGGUUCUCAGUGCAGUAUUGAUGUGUCGUAUUAGUCUCUGUCAGUAACAAUCUUCCAUCUCUCUCAGCUCUUUGUGCGUAGAGUUUACAUCACUGAUGACUUCCAUGACAUGAUGCCUAAAUACUUGAACUUUGUGAAAGGAGUGGUAAGUAUUAUUCCUUAGUAGAUGCAUAAACUAACCCACAGGGUUAAGUCUGGUACCAGUCUGUUUAGCCAACAUUGCCACUCCUGUCAUGCUAAACAUUGGCAUAUGACAAGGAGUAAAAUGUUAGCUAAUCAGACUGGUACCCAGGCUAGUUAAGUGCACCCACUGAUUGAAUGUUAAAGCUGCAAUAUGUAACUUUUUGGGCGACCCGACCAAAUUCACAUAGAAAUGUGAGUCAUAGAUCUGUCGUUCUCAUUGAAAGCAAGUCUAAGAAGCGGUAGAUCUGGUCUAUGUGUGCUUUUCUAUGCUUCCUGUUCUUAAGUUUCGUUUUUGCGUCUUUUACUUUCGGUUUUGUGCACCAGCUUAAAACAGCUGAAAAUACAAUAUUUUUGGUUAUGGAAAAUAUAUUUCUCAACCGUUUGGAUGGUAUAGUAAUUCUCUACACAAUACGAACUAUUAGAAUUUUAGUAACCAGGAAAUUGCGACGCGAUUUUUGCAUAUUGCGUCUUAAAAUGUAUUGUCGUUCUCAUCAGGUUGACUCUGAUGACCUUCCUCUGAACGUCUCAAGAGAAACUCUCCAGCAACACAAACUUCUCAAGGUGAGGCUUGCUUUCAAUUCACUCUCUCAAACAAAGAAACCCAACAGGACCUCCCCACUCUUCACUCAACCACUCUGCUAAUAGUAUACUUAACAUGCCUCUUCUUCGGCCAGGUCAUUCGCAAGAAGCUGGUGCGCAAGACCCUGGACAUGAUCAAGAAGAUCGCUGAGGAGCAGUACAACGAGAAGUUCUGGAAGGAGUUUGGCACCAACAUCAAGCUGGGUGUGAUCGAGGACCACUCCAACCGGACCCGUCUGGCCAAGCUGCUACGUUUCCAGACCUCCAGCAGCGACACGGUGCUGGCCAGCCUGGAGCAGUACGUAGAGAGGAUGAAGGAGAAGCAGGACAAGAUCUACUUCAUGGCUGGGACCAGCAGGAAAGAGGUGAGGGUCCGGAUGAGAGCACUGUUUUGUGAUAGAAAAUGGUGACCUUUGAGUAGAAUAUGUAUGGUUUGUAAAUGUGUAUAUAUACAGUGUAUGUAUGUAUAUUAUUUUACUGCUCUAGGGAUAUAAUUAUUGUUUGGAUAACCUUAUUUACUAUUAUGUAUAGAUUUUACCUUACAUGUUUUCACUCUUUAUGCGAUGCGCAAUGCAGAGAACACCGGAAGAAGAAUUAUAAUUUAAUUACCACAGUGAAUUAUUGUAAUGUUUGUUUGUUUGUGUCAAUUAAUCCCAUAAGGGAUGGGUUGCCAAUUGGCGAUUUGACACAAAUAAAAUGUCAUUCAUUCAUUCAUUGUAGAGCAUAAUGGUGGAGUUAGUUACAAACCUUCUGAAGAGUCAGGAUCUGUAAAACAUUAUCGUAGCCUCCUUCCUAUAUCAAAUUUCCUACCGUUUGCUGUAUCGUGCCCUGAGCUUAAUUUCCCCUCCAUCUUUUCCGGCAGGCCGAGUCCUCUCCCUUCGUGGAGAAGCUGUUGAAAAAGGGUUAUGAGGUGAUCUACCUGACAGAGCCUGUGGAUGAGUACUGUAUCCAGGCCCUACCGGAGUUCGACGGCAAGCGCUUCCAGAACGUGGCCAAGGAGGGCGUCAAGUUUGACGAGAGCGACAAGACCAAGGAGAAGAGGGAGGCCCUAGAGAAGGAGUACGAACCUCUCACCACAUGGAUGAAGGACAGCGCCCUGAAGGACAAGGUUAGGGUUCUUCUCAAUUGGCUCGAUGGGAAUGUGCAUUUUUAGUGGAUAUACACUAGUCAGAUAGCAUCUCUGUUUUAAAAUGUUUGCCCAGGUGUUGAAAAAGCUUCAAAAGCUGAAUCUUCUCUGUUUGAUCUGUCUGUAGAUCGAGAAGGCUGUGCUGUCCCAGAGGCUGACCAACUCCCCCUGUGCCCUGGUAGCCAGCCAGUACGGCUGGUCCGGUAACAUGGAGAGGAUCAUGAAGGCACAGGCCUACCAGACAGGAAAAGACAUAUCCACAAAGUAAGCAAUGUGAAACCAUUUUGACCUAAUGUACAGUAUAUGUUCUGUGGGAUAAGACAUUACUCACAAGAACUCGUAGUGGCUCAAGUCCUAGAGGACGUCGACAUAGUUUCUGCUUUUUACUCUGUAUUGACACCUUUUAUUUCUGUUUUCCAGUUAUUAUGCAAGCCAGAAAAAAACACUUGAGAUCAACCCCAAACACCCUCUGAUUAAAGAAAUGUUGAAGAGAAUAAAUGUGAGUACCAUUUUGAAUUGAACACAAAUUACUUUACCGGGCAUGCAAAUUUACGCCAAUGAAUCAUAGGUUCCUAACAGUAUGUAACAGUAUCGAAUUCUCCUCCCUACCUCAGGAUAAUGCAGAGGACCAGACGGCCUCAGACCUGGCUGUAGUGCUGUUUGAGACGGCCACACUACGGUCAGGCUACCAGCUGGCUGACACCAAGGCCUAUGGAGACAGGAUAGAACGCAUGCUCCGACUCAGCAUGAACGUGGACCUCAAUGAAGAGGUACGCUCAAUAUAACUAAUAUUACCCACAUGCAAACAGGAUCUGAAUUAGGUUAACAAGUACUUCCUGGUACUUUACCAAUAUAAUAAACACUCUGACUAUGCAAAGUGUGUUAUAAUGCAGUACAUCAAGGUUGGAUUCUGUAUACUAGUAAACAUAGCAGAGCAGAUUUAGGGAUGAGCGGAAUGGGCACUAAGUGAUGCUAAGUUAUAUCUUCGCUUAUCUUAACUUCCUUACCUAUCAUAGCCAGAGGAGGAGCCAGAGGAGGAGCCAGAGGAACAAGCAGAGGAACAAGCAGAGGAAGAGGAGGUUUAAAGCGGAUGAGGAGGCAGAUGAAGAUUCGGUAAGAUGGGAGGGGAGUCUAGCACAGAAAAAGAGGAUUAGUAAUGUUAGUAAGACAUGCAAUGUAUAAUAUGAUGGACUUUUUGCUUCAAAUAUACGGAUGUGUUUUUCACUUUGCUCUUUCCAGGGAGCCACAGGAAGGGAUGAGCUGUGAGACGGACUGAGUUUGGGGGUGGGAGGGAAGGGUGAGGGUGCGAACUGGGGAGCAGAGCUUUGACUGGAACUAGGUGCAUCUUCUCUGCUGAAAAGGAGCAGGUGGGUGUUUGGAUUUUUUAGGAGCUUGUGUUGAUUAUGUUUUUGUUUGUUUUCUACAUUCCUACAUGACUGUAAAUUUGUUAAUAUUUAACUGAGCGGGAUAUGGUUAUGGAGUGCUGACUUCCUGUCACGAGAACCAUUAAAUGUUUCCGGAAAGGUCGUCUUUUUACCUGUCAUCAUUUCUGUUCUUUAUUAGCCAAUAGUCAGCCAUUUCAGACGUUCCACAGUCAAAUCUCCUGCUUUUUAUUCAGGAAAAAAGCUUUAAAAGAGAUCACAUUGUUGAGUUUCAAGUCAAAACAAUCAAUACAAUUAUGCUCACUCAUCUCAUAACGACCACAUACAUUUUCGAUACAGCAAUUUUCUGUAUUUGUCUGGCUUGGAGUUCUUGAAGCCGUUUUGAUAGGAACCCUCAAAGAAAUACCAUCUCAAAAGAUGUUAAAACAGCAAUAGGACUUAGUAUCAGAAAGAGGCCUCCACAAUAAUUACUGUUCACAGCCUGCAUUCACAGUCUGAAAUGCCAGACAUCACCCUACACAACCCUCUGUUCAACAUCUCUCAGAUUUAACCCUCGGGCCGUACCAACAAGAAUUUCCCGGUGGGGUCUGGGAUGAACCACUUCUCCCACAGGUCCAGGUGGACACAGGGGUAGUCCCAGGGCUUGAAGCGGCCGUUCCAGUGCAGCAGGUGCGCCCCCUGGAGGAAGGUCUCAGAGUAGCGGGUGUCUGGGCUCCAGCCUAUAGGAAAAGAAAACAGAAUACACAGUAAAUCAGCCUCUAGAAGGACUAUCCUAAAUUGACACCCAGGCCUGUGUACCACAGCCAUACACCUCUAUCUCUAUUCAUGGCUCUUCUGUGCUGUGUACGAGGUGUGUGAUGAUGUCAUCAAGGUGAGGCGAUCUUACCCAAGUGUCGGACGUGCCACAGAGGAUCGAUGAUUGUGUAUUUGUCAUGGAACACGAUCAGCAUCGGAGGAGUCGCCACGCCCCCUGCCAUGGCACUGCUGUAUAUGUUUUCCCUAGAGAGGAAAAGGGGGAAGAGAGGAGGAGGAGGAGGGGGGCAUUCAAGUAGAAAAUGAGUAUUUAAUUUCUCUAAUCAUGAUAUUCAAAUGAAAUAAUGUAGAACUGAAUAGAAGUAAUAAUAAUCUUUCAUAGGAAUAUCUGUUUAUUAUUAUUAUUAUUAUAGACAGCAGGGUUAAUUUAUUCUGGGUUCACCUGGUCUCAGAUCAGUUUAGUGGUUAUGUGGAAACAUAUGAUCACAGGUCCACACAUACUUCUCUACUCACCUGAAGUUCUCCUCCAUCCAUUUCUCCAGCUGUUUGGUGAUCUUCUGUUUCUUCCACUCCCCAAUGUCGGCCACAAACACCCCAGGGUUGAAUGAGCAGUCGCUGGGGUUGAUCCCCAGGUCCCUCACUUCCUGUUUCCUGUAGUCCAGGAAGCCCAUGUAUGUUGUCUGGGAGAUAAGAACAUUAGGGAAGGAAUUUGAUUUGGAUUCAGAAUCGAAGACAAACUGAUCACAUUUUCCCAGCAUUGAGAUCUAUGAGACAGCUCGUCAGGUUGUUAUUUCAGAAGAGAAUUAGUGAGUAUCUUCUUGGCUAGGCAUAGGAUAAACUCAAAUUCAAUAUAUUGGCCUUUACUGGGAUUGAUUGUAGUAGAGGUACCUCUGCUCUUAUUUUGGCAAACAAUGCCCUCUUGUGGCUAAAAAAUGACACUGACCUGCAUGCCCACACUGCGCACCAUUUCGUGGGUGGAGGGCAGGUCACAGUCUGUGGCGAAGGCAGCAGCAUGGCCUUUCUCCAGCUUGGUAUGGUACAGGUCCUUGAUGUCACCUGUCAUUAGUGAAUGUAAAUACUGAAAAUACAGACACCCAUUUAUUGCAGCUACAGCUCAAGAUAAAACUGGACUGAAUUGCACAAAGAUAAGGUCACAUUUCUGUACCUUGCACAAUGACAUCGUCGUCUAAGUAGAUCACCCUCUUGUGGCUGAUAUCAAGGAGCGGCAAGUAAAAGCGUACAAAGUUGAGCUGCAAAACAACCAAAACAGGGACUUUAGGGACCGUGACUGUGGUUAGGUUAGAAUGACUUCCUAUGUGGGUGUAUGUGUGUACUCACUGGGUGCAGCAGAUCUGGUCGGGAGGAGUCUGGUUUCACCUUCCCUUUCAGAACCAUGGGGUUGAACUCCAGAAUCUUAUACUUGAUGCCCUUCAGCUUGGUCUUCUCUAUGUACUGUCUAUGAAGACACACAUGAAGACAAAGGAAUACUAAUGACAGUUCAACUCACUCCAUUUAAAAGUAAUUUCUUAGUUGUCCUUUGUGGCCUUAAUUGAAACAAUUAUCAGAUAAUCAAUUAAUGAAAACAUCCUGGGUUGGAACUAGGAACUGAAAUUGCUACAAAUCAAGCAGUGAUGGAAGGGGGAGGGAUUAGUGUGAAACACCUUGUCAGCUUGAUGGCAUCACGAAGAGUGACAAUAUAGAAGAACACGAUGGCCUCUGUGUUGCUAUGGAUGCUGUUGAUGGUUGCCAUGGCACCGCCCAUGCGUUCCUCCGCAGCACAGAUGACCACUGGGAUGUCAUCCUCUCCCUCCGCAGCCUUCUCCACAGGAACGUUGGGCGCACGCUCUGGGUCCUUCCUGGUUUCUGUGAGGGAAGUACAACCAGUCUGGGCUUGGCCAAGUAGUCACAUCUAUUUUUAAAAGCUAUUACAACUAUUCAAGGAACUCCAUAAGCUUUAACAUUUCAAUUGCAAAGUAAUUUGCCCCCUAAAAGCUAUCCCAUAAGUGGCAAAGGAAAUGCUUCUCUUUAAAUAAACAGGCAUUCAUAGCCUCGUGUCAAUUACUGUUCUUGGCAGGUUCUAGUCCUGUUUCUUUCUCUUGCCGUGGCCUGCACCUGGCUCUCAGGUCAGUGUGUCUUUAGAGUGGGACCUGUUCUUACCUGUUUAAAGAAGCUGGGGGGAAUUACCUGUGAGUUUGAGUUUGGGCUGAGACAGGCCUCUGAACAGCUUACUAUGCAGGAGUAGACACACUAUGAGAACCAGCAACAUGAGCAGGAUAUGGUUUACUGUGACACAGCAGAGAGAGAGAGAGAAAGGGACCAUUCAAUGAAGUAGACUUGAGUCAUUGCAAUGUCAGAUGCAAGGGAACUGAAGCAGAAGUCCUUCCAAACUGGACCAGUUCAACUUAAGCACAGUUUUCACUAUAACACUGUCACCUCUUAUCCAAUCAUGCCAGAUCACAUAUUACUGUACCUUGAGAUACUCAAACAGGGCUCUCAUCUGUACCCUAUCAAAACCUCUAAUCUUUUACGACUCAUCCUCCAGGUGCCACGACUAAUUCUAACUAAUAAAAUAGUUACACCUACCCUUCUCUCCCUAUCCACACACCUCAACCAUGUGUCAGCUGUAGUCAACCUGAGUGGCAUCAAUCUUGUUCUGACACAUUCACCCCUGGAUGACCUAAAAACUGUCUGCCUCAACAAUAACAACAAAAUAUUCAUUAAAAUCUUGCUUCACUUCUGGAAAAUUGAAAGAACCCGGCUAUCAGCUGCCCUCUGUGCCAAAAUCAACAGUUUGCGUUGUUUGAGUAAAGACAUCUGUUAACUUUCUAAGUAAAGCAUAGACUGUAUAAAAGAAGGGUGUAGAACAAAGCACAACUGUUGUGGACACUGAUUAAAAAUCCUUGAAUGGUUGCAUUAUGUAUUGAAUGUGAAGAACAGAGGACUGAGAUGAUGAAAUGGGACUCUUUUCUGGGCUCCCUUUCCUGGUUACCUCAUCAGUGUUCAGGAACAUUUGGGAUUGGCAACACACACACACACACACACACACACACACAGAGAGUCUCAAACAUAAUUUAUGGAGGUGUUGGAAGCGUUCCAACUCAGCUGAGGCAAAGUAUACUCCAGAGGAAUCUGGGGGGUUGUGCUUUAAAAUGGCUACACUGAUCUCUGCUACAGGCACCAUGUUUAUAAGAGUGGAGCAAAACCCAUUAUUUACAUGCAACAAUGUUUUUACUACUCGUUGAAUAUACACUACCAGUCAAAAGUUUGGACACACCUACGCAUUCCAGGGUUUUUCUUUAUUUUUACUAUUUUCUGCAUUGUAGAAUAAUAGUCAAGACAUCAACACUAUGAAAUAACACAUAUGGAAUCAUGUAGUAACCAAAACAGUGUUAAACAAAUCAAAAUAUAUUUUAUAUUUGACAUUCUUCAAAUAGCCACCCUUUGCCUUGAUGACAGCUUUGCACACUCUUGGCAUUCUCUCAACCAGCUUCACCUGGAAUGCUUUUCCAACAGUCUUGAAGGAGUUCCCACUUAUGCUUAGCACUUGUUGGCUGUUUUUCCUUCACUCUGCCGUCCGACUCAUCCCAAACCAUCUCAAUUAGGUUGAGGUUGUGGGGAUUGUGGAGGCCAGGUCAUCUGAUGCAGCACUCUAUCACUCUCCUUCUUGGUCAAAUAGCCCUUAUACAGCCUGAGGUGUGUUGGGUCAUUGUCCUGCUGAAAAACAAAUGAUAGUCCCACUAAGCCCAAACCAGAUGGGAUGGCGUAUCGCUGCAGAAUGCUGUGGUAGCCAUGCUGGUUAAGUGUGCCUUGAAUUCUAAAUAAAUCACAGACAGUGUCACCAGCAAAGCACCCCCACAACAUAACACCUCCUCCUCCAUGCUUUACGAUGGGAACUACACAUUUUACAUUUACAUUUACGUCAUUUAGCAGACGCUCUUAUCCAGAGCGACUUACAAAUAGGUGCAUUCACCUUAUAGCCAGUGGGAUCACAACUUUACAAUGCUUUUUUUUGUUUUUUUGUUUUUGGGUUGGGGUUUGGGUUGGGGUAAGCGGGGGGGUAGAAGGAUUACUUUAUCCUAUCCCAGGUAUUCCUUAAAGAGGUGGGGUUUCAAAUGUCUCCGGAAGGUGGUGAGUGACUCCGCUGUCCUGGCGUCGUGAGGGAGCUUGUUCCACCAUUGGGGUGCCAGAGCAGCGAACAGUUUUGACUGGGCUGAGCGGGAACUAUGCUUCCGCAGAGGUAGGGGAGCCAGCAGGCCAGAGGUGGAUGAACGCAAUGCCCUCGUUUGGGUGUAGGGACUGAUCAGAGCCUGAAGGUACGGAGGUGCCGUUCCCCUCACAGCUCCGUAGGCAAGCACCAUGGUCUUGUAGCAGAUGCGAGCUUCAACUGGAAGCCAGUGGAGUGUGCGGAGGAGCGGGGUGACGUGAGAGAACUUGGGAAGGUUGAACACCAGACGGGCUGCAGCAUUCUGGAUGAGUUGUAGGGGUUUUUAUUUUUUAUUAUUUAUGUUAUUUUCAUUUUUCGGGGGGAAUGGAUCAGCUUAAUAUUGCAGAUAAGAUUUUAUUCUUCUAUCAAUGUAUUGUCUGCAUCACUUCCAUCCCCCCAUGUUUUAAAUUUUAUAAUAUAUAUAUAUAUAUAUAUAUAUAUAUAGAUAUAUAUUAUAUAUAUAUAGUUGUAGGGGUUAGCAGGGAGGAGAAUGUGGCAAAGAGCUUCUAGGGUUAGAGGCAGAUGCUUGGAAUUUAGGAGUGGUAGAAAGUGGCUUAGCAGCAGAAACAAUGAAGAAAAUGUAGAGAGGAGGAGUGAAAAGAUGCCAGGUCCGCGGGAGUCUAGUUUUCUUCCAUUUCCGUCAGCUGCCCGGAGCUCUGUUCUGUGAGUCGCAAUGAGUCAUUCAAGCCACGGGAGCUGGAGGGGAGGGCCGAGCCGGCCGGGCGGAUUAGGGGGACAUAGAGAGGUCAAAGGAUGCAGAAGGGACGGAGAGGAGGGGUUGAGGAGGCAGAUAUCAGGAGAUUGGAGGUGGAACGGAUUGAGCAGAGGGAGAGAUGAUAGGAUGGAAGAGGAGAGAGUAGCGGGAGCGCGCGAGCGAAGGUUGCGACGGCGCAUUACCAUCUGUGUAGGGGCAGAGUGAGUAGUGUUGGAGGAGAGCGAGAGAGAAAAGGAUACAAAGUAGUGGUCGGAGACAUGGAGGGGAGUUGCAGUGAGAUUAGUAGAAGAACAGCAUCUAGUAAAGAUGAGGUCAAGCGUAUUGCCUGCCUUGUGAGUAGGGGGGGGACGGUGAGAGGGUGAGGUCAAAAGAGGAGAGGAGUGGAAAUAAGGAGGCAGAGAGAAAUGAGUCAAAUGUAGACGUAGGGAGGUUGAAAUCCCCCAGAACUGUGAGGGGUGAGCCAUCCUCAGGAAAGGAACUUAUCAAGGCGUCAAGCUCAUUGAUGAACUCUCCAAGGGAACCUAGAGGGCGAUAGAUGACAAGGAUAUUAAGCUUAAAUGGGCUAGUGACUGUGACAGCAUGGAAUUCAAAUGAGGAGAUAGACAGAUGGGUCAGGGGAAAAAUUGAGAAUGUCCACUUGGGAGAGAUGAGGAUUCCUGUGCCACCACCCCGCUGACCAGAUGCUCUCGGGGUAUGCGAGAACACAUGGUCAGACGAGGAGAGAGCAGUAGGAGUAGCAGUGUUUUCAGUGGUAAUCCAUGUUUCCGUCAGCGCCAAGAAGUCGAGGGACUGGAGGGUAGCAUAGGCUGAGAUGAACUCUGCCUUGUUGGCAGCAGAACGGCAGUUCCAGAGGCUGCCUGAGACCUGGAACUCCACGUGGGUGGUGCGUUCAGGGACCACCAGGUUAGAGAGGCAGCAGCUACGCGGUGUGAGGCGUUUGUGUAGCCUGUGCAGAGAGGAGAGAACAGGGAUAGGCAGAGGCAUAGUUGACAGGCUGCAGCAGAUGGCUACAAUAAUGCAGAGGAGAUCGGAAUGAAAUGAACUAAACAUCUGGGAAAGGAGAGAGCGGGGCCUCCCUCACCACAACUCCCAAAUAUAACUCUCCCAACUUCCACCUCAGAAACUAUAAUUGUUGUAAACUACAGCGGUUCAAUGUUUUCUAGGAAUAGACUAACUUAGUUUAUUCAGCUAGCUAACUAGGUGCAGUAUUAUUCCGUGAAAAUCGUCCUGGCACUUACAGUGGGGGAAAAAAGUAUUUAGUCAGCCACCAAUUGUGCAAGUUCUCCCACUUAAAAAGAUGAGAGAGGCCUGUAAUUUUUAUCAUAGGUACACAUCAACUAUGACAGACAAAUUGAGAAAAAAAAAUCCAGAAAAUCCCAUUGUAGGAUUUUUAAUGAAUUUAUUUGCAAAUUAUGGUGGAAAAUAACUAUUUGGUCACCUACAAACAAGCAAGAUUUCUGGCUCUCACAGACCUGUAACUUCUUCUUUAAGAGGCUCCUCUGUCCUCCACUCGUUACCUGUAUUAAUGGCACCUGUUUGAACUUGUUAUCAGUAUAAAAGACACCUGUCCACAACCUCAAACAGUCAAACUCCAAACUCCACAAUGGCCAAGACCAAAGAGCUGUCAAAGGACACCAGAAACAAAAUUGUAGACUUGCACCAGGCUGGGAAGACUGAAUCUGCAAUAGGUAAGCAGCUUGGUUUGAAGAAAUCAACUGUGGGAGCAAUUAUUAGGAAAUGGAAGACAUACAAGACCACUGAUAAUCUCCCUCAAUCUGGGGCUCCACGCAAGAUCUCACCCCGUGGGGUCAAAAUUAUCACAAGAACGGUGAGCAAAAAUCCCAGAACCACACGGGGGGACCUAGUGAAUGACCUGCAGAGAGCUGGGACCAAAGUAACAAAGACUACCAUCAGUAACACACUACGCCGCCAUGGACUCAAAUCCUGCAGUGCGAGACGUGUCCCCCUGCUUAAGCCAGUACAUGUCCAGGCCCGUCUGAAGUGCAUUUGGAUGAUCCAGAAGAGGAUUGGGAGAAUGUCAUAUGGUCAGAUGAAACCAAAAUAUAACUUUUUGGUAAAAACUCAACUCGUCGUGUUUGGAGGACAAAGAAUGCUGAGUUGCAUCCAAAGAACACCAUACCUACUGUGAAGCAUGGGGGUGGAAACAUCAUGCUUUUGGGCAGUUUUUCUGCAAAGGGACCAGGACGACUGAUCCGUGUAAAGGAAAGAAUGAAUGGGGCCAUGUAUCUUGAGAUUUUGAGUGAAAACCUCCUUCCAUCAGCAAGGGCAUUGAAGAUGAAACGUGGCUGGGUCUUUCAGCAUGACAAUGAUCCCAAACACACCGCCCGGGCAACGAAGGAGUGGCUUCGUAAGAAGCAUUUCAAGGUCCUGGAGUGGCCUAGCCAGUCUCCAGAUCUCAACCCCAUAGAAAAUCUUUGGAGGGAGUUGAAAGUCUGUGUUGCCCAGCGACAGCCCCAAAACAUCACUGCUCUAGAGGAGAUCUGCAUGGAGGAAUGGGCCAAAAUACAAGCAACAGUGUGUGAAAACCUUGUGAAGACUUACAGAAAACGUUUGACCUGUGUCAUUGCCAACAAAGGGUAUAUAACAAAGUAUUGAGAAACUUUUGUUAUUGACCAAAUACUUAUUUUCCACCAUCAUUUGCCAAUAAAUUCAUUAAAAAUCCUACAAUGUGAUUUUCUGGAUUUUUUUUUCUGAUUUUGUCUGUCAUAGUUGACGUGUACCUAUGAUGAAAAUUACAGGCCUCUCUCAUCUUUUUAAGUGGGAGAACUUGCACAAUUGGUGGCUGACUAAAUACUUUUUUUCCCCACUGUAGUCAUAAGAUGCCACAGCCAGCUAGCAUGCCGGACUCCAACAAAAUAAAUAAAUAAAUAAAUAUGCCAUUUAGCAGACGCUUUUAUCCAAAGCGACUUACAGUCAUGCGUGCAUACAUUUUUAUGUAUGGGUGGUCCCGGGGAUCGAACCCACUACCUUGGCGUUACAAGCGCCGUGCUCUACCAGCUGAGCUACAGAACACGGUUUAGCGCCAAUACUCGGCCACAACAAACCACCAGUGUAUCAACACGCAAGCAGAUCGUUCGUGUCCGUGUCUACACAUGCGGAGAUCAACCGUUCACCCACACCACAUCUCACAAAGACACGGCGGUUGGAACCAAAAAUCUCCAAUUUGGACUCAAGACCAAAGGACACAUUUCCACCGGUCUAAUGUCCAUUGCUCGUGUUUCUUGGCCCAAGCAGGUCUCUUCUUAUUGGUGUCCUUUUAGUAGUGGUUUCUUUAAAGCAAUUCGACCAUGAAGACCUGAUUCACACAGUCCCCUCUGAACAGUUGAUGUUGAGAUGGGCUAUCUUCUGUAUACCCCCCUACCUUGUCACAACACAACUGAUUGGCUCAAACACAUUAAGAAGGAAAGAAAUUCCACAAAUUAACUUUUAAGAAGGCACACCUGUUAAUUGAAAUGCAUUCCAGGUGACUACCUCAUGAAGCUGGUUGAGAGAAUGCCAAGAGUGUGCAAAACUGUCAUCAAGACAAAGGGUGGCUAUUUGAAGAAUCUCAAAUAUAAAAUAUAUUUUGGUUUGUUUAACACUUUUUGGGUUACUACAUGAUUCCAUAUAUGUUAUUUCAUAGUUUUGAUGUCUUCACUAUUAUUCUACAAUGUAGAAAAUAGUAAAAAUAAAGAAAAACCCUUGAAUGCGUAGAUGUGUCCAAACUUUUGACUGGUAGUGUAUAUGAAAAAGUAAUGAUGUAAAAACGUGUAUGGGCAAGGGCAAUUACAAAGUCCUGUGGUCACUCACUUUUCCUCAAAAGAGCCAUUGAUCAUGUUUCUUCCAGCCACAUCUGAAAAGACAGAGAGAAGCAGAGAGCAGUGAGAUUCAGAGGCAGACAGACAGACACUAAGACAAAGAGUAAGCGGGGGAGUGCCAUAUUCCUUGGCAUUAGCACUCAGUUGAGGAUCCAGAAGGGUGUCUUCACAGACAUAAACCCUUCCCAGAGCAUGCCCCAGAUGUGCUCCCAAACAGGAUCUGGUAGUCCUCUGAGAGACACAGUCCUCACAACAGCUAUUAAAUACAGGAAAACCCAUCUGACACAAUAAACAAUCUGGCAAACACACCUCCAAAUCAACAUUAAUAGUUUAAUAUUGGGCUUCACCUGAGCCUGAGUUGUUUACCAGUACCCCUCAGGGUACCUCGCCUAUCCACAGGAGGUACUUAGGAAGAGUCAUAAGAACAUAGACCUAAUGAUUGGUUGCAGAUGAGGGGGCACAAGAUGGAGUACUUUGGGCAGAGUGAAAUGUGAUUGGGGGUACAGUAAAUAAAAACAAAUGUUGAGACCAACUCAACUCAAAUCAAAUUGUAUUUGUCACAUGCGCCGAAUACAACAGGUGUAGACCUUACAGUGAAAUGCUUACUUACAAGCCCUUAACCAACAAUGCAGUUUUAAGAAAGAAUACCAAAAAAAAUACACACAAAAACACAAAAAAAAGAAAAAAACAAUAAAUUAACAAAUACAAAAAAUAACAAAAAUACUAAAAAAAGAGAAAUGUAAAAUAAUACGAAAUAAAAGUAACAAAUAAUUAAAGAGCAGCAGUAAAAAUAACAAACAAAACUGGUUUAUAAUAUAAAAUCAUUUGGUGGGUCCUUAUAUUUGUCCUAUUUCACACAUGUAAAAGUGUGUAUUAUACGCAUGAGUGAAUUGGAGAUGUGUUUUUUGCAUAUCCCAACUCCCCAUGAGACACCCUCGGAGAGUAGGGUCACGGCCAGGGUCACCAUUGUCCAGCGCCCCUGGCGCAAUUAGGGUUAAGUGCCUUGCUCAACGACCGAUUUUUCACCUUGUCGGCUCAGGGAUUCAAACUAGCAACCUUUCAUUUACUGUCUCAAUGCUCUAAUCACUAGGCUACCUGCACCCUAGUCUGUUUCCACUGAAACAUUUGCUGAUGGAAGUAAAGAUCCUGCAACGUUAUCAUGUUUAUGCCAUGAGGAUCACAUAGCCUACACAGUAUGAUAAUCCACACACCGCAACUGCAGAACUGAACAGACAUGAUAAUUGCAUGUCAUGACUUUUAUAACUGGUCACUCUCUAUAUUACUUUAUCAGUAUGGUAAAUGUAUACCGUAGCCCAAGGUGUUGGCUAAUACAGUUAUAUCUAGUGUAGUAUGCAGUACAUCCUGUACUGUUUCUCUCUGGGACAUACAUAGCACCCCAAGGGUCUGGUGACUGCACGCAUGUGGAUCUGGUUUUGAAAAGCCUCUUGGUGCUUCCAUCCUAGGGGCAUUUUUCAGUAAGCUUUUGUCUGUCUCUCCCAAGAGGCUAUAUUUCUAUCCCUCGAUUUAUUUUGCUUAAAUUCUAACUCUCUCGACACUGAUGUUUCUCAGUCUCUCUCACCCUCUCUGUCUCCUUUGGAUGCAAUGUGUAAGUAAACAGUAGAGAGUUGAGAUGUAAACUACUCUAUAAACAAUCUAUAAAAGUGACAUGACAAGCUGUGUUCUGUUUGGAGCUGGAUAAACCAACAAAAACUAGUUCUGCUGUGAGAUCAUCAUACUGUUCUAUUCUGUCCAUUUUCAGAGAAAAUACUGCCACUCCAUUGAUGUAAGAUGGAGAUAAUGGUAUCACUAUUAGUUCAAACUUUUCACAUAUGCUGCAGACAGAUUUUCUGGGCAAGUUCUCCUCUGUAGAAAGCAUUACUAUCCAAGACUGAGCCAGUAUAAAUGACUUGGUAAUGUUUCUUAGUGCUUGUAAAAUAACCAUUAGGUGAAGUGUUUUGCGCUCAUGUUCAAUUUCCUCUCAUACAUAACAAUGUUAUUGUCUUCUACAACAAUUACAUAAAAAGGGUGACAGAGUUUUGGAUUGUGUUCAUUUGUUUUUAGGGGUUCCAGACUCUUUUCAAUGUUCUCUACACACAUUUUAAUGCUCUUUGGGACAACUUUCUUUAAACUAAUCUAAAUUAUAAUUAAAUGUACAGAGAUGGAUAGCCAUAGAUAUGGCUUAAUCAGGGGUUUACAAGAUUAAGUUGUUUUUAGUAGCCUUACAUUGGUUUAUGUAACAAUUGCACAAAUGAAAUAAAAAAAAGAUCAGAUUAACCUAUAGCAAUCUACUCAAUGCAUCACACAUAGAUUAUAAUAAUGAUUUUUUUAAAAUAUGUAUAAAUAUUACGUUCAUAAAAAGAGGUGUGUCUCCUCUUCUAGCUUUAGAGCAAUGCAGGCUAUGCACAAAACGCAAUUUAGAAACUCUUCAUUCAACACGUGUAAUAAAAAGUAUUUACCGGAGAAGUGCCACAUUAUUCUACAGCUUCAGUAUCCACCGGUCUCUGCGCAUGUCUGAAUAAAUGCUACAGACAAAUCUCCUUCACCCACUCAACUUUACAACAUUUUUUCUUCUUUUCAGGAAGAUCUUUCCAAUGUGCUCUCUUGUUCCAUGGAAGCUCGCGGGGCAUGCCUUGUGUAGCAAAUACUGAGAUGGUAUACAUCAUACACGCAUGUUUUAAAUAGCCUAUUUACAUGUUUGCUUUUGUAAAGAAAGUAUUGGCCACAAAAUCGUAAUAGGCUAAAUGAGGAACACUUUGGAGCAGAGUUAUAUUACAAUUUAUCAAUAAAAGUAUACACCCAACUAGAUUAUGAUCAAUAUUUUUUAAAAUAGUAUCAAAAUACAGUCAUAAAAAAGGGGUGUGUCUCCUCUUCUAGCUUUAGAACAAUGCAGGCUAUGCACAACAACGCACACUUUCUAAGCAAAACUCUUCAUUCAACAACGUGUAAUAAAAUAAAGUAAUUUACCGGGAGAAAGUGCCACAAUUAUUCUCACAGCUUCAGUAUCCACCGGUCUCUGCGCAUGGUCUUGAAUAAAUGCUACAGACAGAAUCUCCUUCACCCACUCAACUUUACAACAUUUUUUUCUUCUUCUUCAGGAAGAUCUUUCCAGAUGUGCCUACUCUUGUUCACCCAUGGAAAGCUCCGCGGGGGCCACAUGCCUUUGGUUUGUAGAUAA